AUCCUCUAGGAGUCUCCAAUCAUUUUCUCAAUUGUCUGGAUAACUGGUCAUCUAAAUGGAAGCCUACCAUGUAUUAUGCACUGUAUACUAGUUUGGUUCAGGGUAGUGGCACAGGAAAAUCACAGUUGUUCAAAGAAAUUUCUCGUAACAUUUACAUUUUCUAUUGCUGUUUUCGAUCUUUGGGUAGUACUGGGUAUCCUCAAAGGUCGUCAAUUGCCUCAGUUCUGUUGGAUACUCCCAGUGACAGAUAUGGAACAAUCCUACAGUUUGUAGCAUAUCUGAACAGCAGCUUGCUUCAGUUAGCUGAAGAACUAUCACAAGAAUUUCCGUGCACAAAAUCAGAAUGGUAUAAGCAACAAAUUGAGGAGUCAGAA